GUCUUUCAGGCGUGAAUCGUUUCUACGAUGACAUCAACGAUAUGAUAGGUUACUAUCCUUGUCCGUUUUGGAAAUACUGCUGGUUGAUAUUUACGCCUCUUAUCUGUGGGGGUGUCCUGAUAUUCAGUAUAGUACAAUAUAAAAGCCCCAAAUACUUGGACUAUGAAUACCCCUGGUGGGCUGAUAUGAUUGGCUGGUUUAUGGCACUCUCGUCAAUUCUUGUCGUACCUUCGUACAUGAUUUAUAGGCUAGCCUCAACUCCGGGAGAUUUUAGAUCCAGAUGCAAGGUGUUGUUUCGCCCAGACAUCGACAGCAUCAGGCCAUACAAAGGAGAACCGCUGUCAUAUACACCCAUGGCGCCUAAAAAGUGUGACACACAAAUUUAAAUGUAUGUCCAUCUCUGUAAGUUUAAAAAUAUUCAUACCAGUAGAGUAAAUUUACACCCAAGCUCACAGCAAAUGAAACAGCAUUAAUAUCACCAGAAUCUCGGAUAUCGCGUUGUGACGACAAAUAGCGCAACCAUCGCAAUUUGACGGAAAUCAUUAAAACUUGACGUUUUCUCUCGGGGAGCUCUAGGAGAUGCUGCACUGUCUGCUGGCAUAUGACCCUUGACGCAAUGACCUUGACCUGAAAACAGAACUAAGUAACGAUCCCACUAUGAAAAUGUAUCACCUGGAUUCCGCAGGUGGAAAAGGAAUGCAGAAAAUAUCACGACUUUUGUAGGACGUUGGUGGAAUAUUGUUCUUGCACGGAAUCUUCAAAGGACGUUGAAAGAAUGGGUUUUUAGAUUCAUAUGUAGAUCAAUCUCGAUCCUGUAUGUUUUGAUGAUAAUCUUCGGUCAUCAGAUAAAUAAGUUUGACCAUUGGUUGUGAGCACUAGUUGUACACUGCAGGCGAGGAAGUCAUUGCUAAAAUUACUUUAUGUUGUCUUGUACCAUGGAGAUGUAUGUAUUAGAAAGAUCAAGCAAUUAACGUAUCACUUAGGCUACUAUACAUAGUAUCGUUCACUCCUUUCUGGAUAUCAAACAGGAUCCGAGUACAAAUUUGAAUAUUGAAUUUCUUUGUUGUUUAUACUCUUACAUGUAACAUUUCCAUUUAAAUGACGAUCCUAACGGGUUUUUCUAGUUGUUUUCUCUCACAAACACACAAACACUCACUCAAACGCGCAAACCAAAUACUGUAUUUGACGUACAUGUAUGAAAAUAACUACACAAAUGGCUGCGUAUCAUGCAUAUUGUAAAUACAUUUACACGUUAUAUAUAGCAGUUUAUAUACAUAUUGUAUAUUAAGUCUUAUAUGUAUAGUGUAAUAAAAAGGAUAUUCAUUAUCAAAAAUGUUUGUGAAUAUUUCAGACAACUUUGUGCCCAUGAAAUGUAUGUACUUAA